GGGCAGUACUUGCUGCCUCUCCCCUCAGCUCCAUGAGCCGGGUGCCCGGGGCUCAGCCCUACCGCGGGAACCAGCUCUCCUGUGCACGUGGCACAGCCCGCGUCCUUGUGCCCAGCGCUCCGCGGGACAGCCCGGCGCGCUCGGCCUGUGGCGGCGCCCGCAGGGUGGCUCCGGCAGGGAUUCCGGAGGAGGAGGAGGCGGCGGCGGCGGCAGGCAAGGGGCGGGCACGUCCGGACCCAGCUGAGCCGAGAUGGAAUUAGCCCCGCAGUGGAGUAAGCCUGUCCAUCUGCGAGCGCCACAGCGGGGCCGUCCGGGCUUGGCGACCCGUGUGCCCGCACCAUGGCCACCCCCCGGCUGCAAGAUAUCCCCCUGCUCCCUGGCUCUCCACGCCGGCUGAGCCCUCGGGCAGUGGCCAGGGGUGGCCAGGGCCUCAAACAAGGACAGCAAUACCUCAAGGUGCUGGCUCCUCGAGCUCCAGGUCUGCAGGGCAGCUCCAACCACGAUACCAGCCAACUUCCUGGUGAAGAGUGCUCCCAGGGCAGCUCCGUCAUCAACAACUACCUGGACACCAAUGAGCCAGUGUCCUCGGGAGCCCGUGUGAGUCGCAUGCACUUCUAUGACAACCAAAGGAAGGUCGACUAUGUGCUUGCCUACCACUACCGGAAACGCGGGGCGCACCCCAGCCAAGGCUUACCUGGCCAGUCGCUGGCUAUUGUCUCCAACGGGGAGACUGGCAAGGAGCCCCCUGCUGGGGGCUCACAAGACAUUGAGCUGGGGCGGCUGGAUGCCUUGGAGGAAGAGAGGAGGGAGCAGCGGGACGAGUUUGAGCACAACCUGAUGGAGGCUGGGCUGGAGCUCGAGAAGGACUUGGAGAGUAAAAGCCAAGGAUCCAUCUUUGUCCGGAUACACGCCCCGUGGCAGGUGCUGGCCAGAGAGGCAGAGUUCUUGAAGAUCAAAGUUCCCACCAAGAAAAAGAUGUAUGAGAUCAAAUCAGAAGGCUGCAUUGCGAAGAAGUUCAAUGAGAUUCUGCAGAAGCUGAGCUCGCCCCUGAAGCCCAGAGUUCCAGAACACAGUAACAACAAGAUGAAAAACCUCUCCUACCCAUUCUCCAGGGAGAAAAUGUACCUGUACAACAUCCAGGAUAAGGACACCUUCUUUGAUAAUGCCACACGUAGCCGCAUUGUGCAUGAAAUCCUGAAGCGCACAGCCUGUUCUCGAGCCAACAAUACGAUGGGUAUUAACUCCCUGAUAGCAAACAAUAUCUAUGAGGCUGCUUACCCUCUGCAUGACGGUGAAUAUGACAGUCCAGGGGAUGACAUGAAUGACAGGAAGCUGCUCUAUCAAGAAUGGGCACGCUACGGAGUGUUUUAUAAGUUUCAACCUAUUGACCUCAUCAGAAAGUAUUUUGGAGAAAAAAUUGGACUGUAUUUUGCUUGGCUGGGAUUAUAUACAUCAUUCCUCAUCCCAUCUUCUGUAAUUGGGGUGAUUGUGUUUCUUUAUGGAUGUGCAACCAUUGAAGAAGAUAUUCCCAGCAAAGAGAUGUGUGACCAGCAGAAUGCCUUCACCAUGUGUCCCCUGUGUGACAAGUCCUGUGAUUACUGGAACCUCAGCUCAGCUUGUGGUACGGCGCGGGCCAGCCACCUGUUUGACAACCCUGCCACUGUCUUCUUCUCCAUCUUCAUGGCGCUGUGGGCCACCAUGUUUCUUGAAAAUUGGAAGAGAUUACAGAUGCGACUGGGCUACUUCUGGGACCUGACUGGCAUAGAAGAGGAAGAAGAACGUGCCCAGGAACACUCCCGGCCUGAGUAUGAAACCAAAGUUCGAGAAAAAAUGCUUAAGCAGAGUGACAAGUCGGUUGUUCAGAAACUGGGGACCAACAUGACUGAGAGUGAGGAUGAGGAUGAUGAUGAAGAUAAGCUGAGCUGGAGAGAUCGUUUCCCAGGUUACCUGAUAAACUUCGUCUCCAUCUUGUUUAUGAUUGCCCUGACCUUCUCAAUUGUCUUUGCGGUCAUUGUGUAUCGUAUCACAGUUGCAGCUGCUCUGUCUCUCAACAAGGACACACGCUCCAAUGUCCGAGUGACAGUGACAGCGACAGCAGUCAUCAUCAACCUUGUGGUCAUCCUCAUCCUGGAUGAGAUCUACGGUGCCGUGGCCAAGUGGCUCACCAAAAUCGAGGUUCCCAAAACAGAACAGACUUUUGAAGAACGCCUGAUACUGAAAGCUUUCUUGCUAAAGUUUGUCAAUGCCUACUCACCCAUCUUCUAUGUGGCCUUUUUCAAGGGGAGGUUUGUGGGCAGACCUGGAAGCUAUGUUUAUGUGUUCAACGAUUACCGCAUGGAAGAGUGUGCUCCCGGGGGCUGCCUCAUGGAGCUCUGCAUUCAGCUCAGCAUCAUCAUGUUGGGGAAGCAGUUGAUUCAGAACAACAUCUUUGAGAUCGGAGUCCCGAAGCUAAAAAAACUAUUUCGGAAGCUGAAAGAUGAGACAGAACCCGGAGAAACGGACUCUGCCCAUUCAAAGCAUUCAGAGCAGUGGGACCGAGACUACAGCUUGGAACCAUACACUGGACUAACUCCAGAGUACAUGGAAAUGAUCAUCCAGUUUGGCUUUGUCACCCUCUUUGUGGCCUCCUUCCCUCUGGCACCUGUGUUUGCCCUCCUCAACAAUGUCAUUGAAGUACGGCUUGAUGCAAAGAAGUUUGUCACGGAGCUGAGACGGCCAGAUGCUGUGAGAACCAAAGAUAUCGGGAUCUGGUUUGACAUUCUCUCUGGAAUCGGCAAGUUCUCUGUUAUCAGCAAUGCUUUUGUCAUUGCCGUCACCUCCGAUUUUAUCCCCCGCCUUGUGUACCAGUAUGCCUAUAGUCACAACGGGACUCUGCAUGGCUUUGUCAACCACACCCUCUCCUUUUUUAACGUCAGCCAGCUGAAGGAGGGAACGCAACCUGAAAACUCACAGUUUGAUGAGGAGGUUCAGUUCUGCAGGUUUAAGGAUUACCGAGAACCACCGUGGGCCCCGAACCCGUAUGAGUUUUCCAAACAGUACUGGUCUGUUCUGUCUGCCCGUCUGGCUUUUGUCAUAAUCUUCCAGAACCUCGUGAUGUUCCUGAGUGUCCUUGUGGACUGGAUGAUCCCAGAUAUCCCCACGGACAUCAGUGACCAGAUCAAAAAAGAGAAGGGCUUGUUGGUGGACUUCUUCCUGAAAGAGGAGCAUGAGAAGCUCAAGCUGAUGGAUGAGCCGGCGCCCAGCAGGCAGGGAGGGGCGCAUCACAGCAGGAGGAGCCGGGCGGCCAGCUCGGCGCCCUCCAGCCGCAGCCAGCCCGGCAGCAUCGCGUCUUCCGGUUCUCAGCACACCAAUGUGUGAGCGGCGAGCCAGCCCCACUGCCGAGGGGCGCUGCGGCGGCGCGAGACCACGGCGGAGCACGCCUGCACCUGCGGGUGCAGUGUCGCCUGCCAUCGGCCCAGAUGUGGCACGAGGGCGUCUUGAAAAGGGUGUGCGUGUGAAGAGAGAGAAUGAACAAGCUCAGGGAGGAAGAGAAACAAUGCUGCCUCUCAGAAACUUCAAGCUUAAGUUUCUUUUAGGUCCUCUUUUGAGCUGUAGGCUGUCAGGGGAUUGGUACUGUUUUGAGUUUACCAGUGAAAGAACUGAGCCUCUCUACCCCAGGAUUCCCAGGCACUGAAAUCAAGGAUUUUAUGGCUUUGAUUAAAUUUAGCUUUCAAUCGUAGCUCUAGAAAUCAUCUCUCUCUCUCUCUAUGUAUACAUACUCUCAGGGCCUAGCUCUGCCCUCCUGCGCGCCCCACCCCCCAUCAUAAAUCAGCAACCCCCAAGCCAGCAGAGGACACUGGUGGGGACCCGAGUAAUGAUCACAAGGUCUGGAUCUCUGGCAGGCUAAACCUAAGGUCUUGACCUAAGUUCUGUUUCGGUUUCUGAGCCCUAAGAUGGAAAUGACCCACUGGCUACCCUCCCAUGAGAAUAGACAGAGGGACACCAGAAAAAGAACUCAGAACUAUCUUCAAGACUUGAAGAAAUGAUUUAUUAUCCUUACCUCACUGACCAACCAGCUCCCAGCAUGACCCUGAAACCCCUACCCACAGUGUCUGGUGAUUUUGCCCUAGAUAAUCUGUAACCUAUACUCUAUUGGAGAGUUGUUGUUUUUAGAGCCUAAGCCUCCCACCUCCGAUUCAAUAUUGGAGUUUGGCCAAUUCAAUAUGAAACCAUUUUUUUUCUCUCUAUACUGCACAUUUCUGUUCAUGCCUAUCUCUGGGCCAGUGCACGCAGCCAGGCAGACUCCAGGAAAAAUGGUGGGAUUCCGGCGCAUCACCAUGAGCCAUCCCUGUUUCCUCAGGAGCCCUCUCAUGUCAGGUGGCUGCAGGUUAUGACAGAAGCACAGUCAGGGCCCUGUUCUACCACCCAUCAUGAAUGAUCAUCACCCCUCCCCUUCCACUAUCACCCCGAGAAAAUCCUGAGUCACUUGCAGCUGGGGCUGUCAGAGCUUCAGCGGAUGCAAAUUAAGAUACAGGGCUGAUUACUGUGGCCCCUGGAUCUGACUGUGAGCUGCAAGGUUUCGCACCUGGGCUUAUCUUCAGUUUACAUGACAGGGAUGCUUUGCGCUAAAUGCAACUAACCACCAUUUUAUGCAGAUUCAGAUUUAAAAUAAUAAAAUAAAUGGAAAUAUUCUUUAUAAAGAUGCUUUUCCUUGUCUUUGGUUUGCUCUUUCUCUCUCCCCCUCUCCUCUCCCCCAAACAAUAUUUACUGAGCAUGUACUAUGUGCCAGGCAUUGUUCUCAGACAAGAGAUAUGCAAGACAAAAAUCCCUGUCUCAUGGAGUUUAUGUGCUGGGGAGAGACAGACAAUAAGCUGAUAAAUGUAUAGUAACAGGAGCUAUGGAGAAACAACAAGGAUAAGAGAUACAGGAAGUGUGAGGACAACACAGGGGGUGAGGGAAUUAACAUAUUAUAUACAAAUUCAUUUCAAACUCAAGAUGAUUAAGUGCUUAUAUCUUGCAGUGCUAACAUCAUUGAUUGGUACCAGUCUCCCAGAACUCCGUAGUGAGAAGACUUUCUAGUGUAGUUAAAACCGAGGGUCAAACAUGAUUCAUCACUGCCUUUCACACACUUCAGUUCCACCUACUGCCCAGAAACCAACUGCCCAGUCCUCUUCCUCUGGACCUGGCCCCAGUUUUGCAGGUUGAUUUGACUAGAGUCUUAACUCAAUGCCUGAAUGGCUGUGGCAAAGAGACCCACGCUCCAGAGGAGAAAUGAGCGUUGUCCUGCUAUUUCAACACAACCUGUGAUGCAAGGGCCUGUGGGUGCGUAAGCUGGUCAUUGUUGCUGCUUCCCAUGGCUUCUUGCUUCCCCCUGGCCACAUGCAGGAUUGCACUGCCACCAACCCUUGUUCUGGAAAGUGGGCCCUUUUAAAGGGAUACCAGGGCACAGACACAGCUGUUAGUAAGAGCAACAGGCACUCAUGUCCCCAGCCACUCAUACACAAGAAAUCCCGUAAUAAACUUCAAUUACAUCACACCUUAAUGUUCAAACUGGCCAUUUGAGCCUAGAGUCUAACAACAGUAGUAUAAAAACAUUGCAUCACCUUACAGCAGGCUUCUGUUAAUCUGGGGAGAGUGAAGUGGCCAGCAGGAGGAAAGUUUCACUUCAAGGGUCAUUAAUGGCAUGGAGAUUCCAGGCCCAUAACAAGGAGGAUAUCCACCCCUGUUUUCCCAGUGACUUCUACCAGCAUGGGCAGGAUUGAUGUUUCCAGGAACCAGUGAUGGUCCACAGUCAGGAGGUGUCUCCACCACCCACGUACCCACUUUGCAGUGAAUGAACUAUACCCAAGCCCACUGGUUGCCUAUGUCUGGUUCAAGAUCCCACCCUGCCUUUUUUUUUUUUAUCUCUUGGCUUGAUGCUAAUAGGAUUUGGAAAUUCAUUCUUGUAACUCAAAAAUUUCACUAGAAUAUGUCUUGAUAAGAGUGUCUUUUGUUUAAUAUGCCCGAAAUGGGGUGAUUACAUUCUGUCUGCAUGUUCACUUUUGAAAAGUGUUCUUCCAAUACAAGAAUGGAUUCCAGUGUGUCCAUUCCAGCUGUUCUGGUUACUUUAAGAAAUCGCAAGUUUUAAACUGGGUUUCCAGUUUUUAAAAUCUUCAUAUCCACCUUUUCUUUUUCAACAUCUUAUUUCUAUCUUUCAGGACCAUGCCCAUUCCAAAAUACUCCUCCCACUAGAAUCAGUCCAUCUACAACAGGUCCUCAGUAAUUUCAUUCGAUAUCAUUUUGUUAUGUUGAUGAGAGAAAAAAAUUGAUUCCCACCUGGGGCCACUGUCACGUGGAGUUUGCAUGUUGUGCCCUUGUCUGUGCAGUUUUCUCCAGGGGCUCUGUUUUCCUCCCACAUUCCCAAGAUGUGCACAUUAGGUUACUGGGUGCAUCUAAACUGUCCCAGUUUGAGUGAGUCUGGGUACGUGUGUGAGUGACCCCACAAUGGAAGGGUGUCCUGUCCAGGGGGGUGUGCCCACCUUGUGCCCUGAGCUGCUGAAAUCGGUUCCGGCCACCUGUGACCCUGAACUGGAAUCAGUGGGUUGGAAAAGAAUGAUCUUACUUGUUUUUAUUAGUCUUUCUUAAAUGUAUAUGCAGCUCACAUGUACUUCAAAUGUUUAAUAUUAAAAAUACUUGAGUCUUU